AUGGACAAAGUGGAGCGAGUGAUGAAGAUGGUUAAAAGGAUGUCACCGAGGAAGAAGAGGAGAGAAGGAGGAGGGGGAAGAGGGGGAGGACCAGGAGAGCUGGAGAGCCCGGACACCUUGUGUGAUGAACUCUGCCGUUUCAGCCUCUGCAUCAGCGAUGACGGGCCAUAUGGAAAAACAAAGGAUAUCUCUGGACCAGAACAGACCAUGGCUUCGAGAAGACACAGUAUACCAGAAGCUCUGCGGGGGGUGACGAUGGUGGAGCUGGUGAAGAAAGAAGGCAGCACACUGGGCCUCACCAUCUCAGGAGGAACCGACAAGGAUGGGAAACCCAGAGUGUCGAACCUGCGGCCUGGAGGACUGGCGGCCAGGAGUGACCAGCUUAACGUUGGUGACUACAUCAAGUCGGUGAACGGCAUUAAUCUGACCAAACUGCGGCAUGAAGAGAUAAUCAGCUUACUGAAGAACGUAGGAGAGAGAGUUCUGCUGGAGGUGGAGUAUGAACUGCCCCCUACAGCACCAGACAGCACCUCAGGGGUUAUAUCGAAGACAAUCGACAUCUGUUUGCACAAAGAGGGGAACAGCUUUGGUUUCGUCAUGAGAGGUGGUACCCAUGAGGACUGGCACAAGUCACGCCCCUUAGUGGUCACCUACGUCAGGCCAGGAGGUCCUGCAGACAGAGAGGGCACACUGCGUCCUGGUGAUCGUCUCCUCAGUGUGGAUGGCGUGCCACUGCACAACGCCAACCACAGCGACGCCCUCAGUGUAUUGUCUCAGUGCGGCCAGGAAGCCCUGUUCCAGAUAGAGUACGAUGUCACUAUCAUGGACACAGUAACGAACGCCUCUGGUCCGCUAUUAGUGGAAAUUGCCAAGUCGCCAGGAGCAACGCUGGGUAUCACACUUACGUCGGCCAAUCAUCGAAACAAGCAGGUCAUUGUCAUCGACCGGGUUAAACCUGGCAGCGUGGUGGACAGAUGUGGAGCAUUGCACGCUGGAGAUCACCUGCUGUCCAUAGACGGGACAUCGACAGAGCACUGUACAGUCCUGGAGGCAACACAGCUAUUAGCAAGCACAACAGAACUGGUGAAAUUAGAAAUACUCCCCUCCCAUCAAACAAGGCUAACUGGGAAACAGCACGACACAGUGAAGGUUCAGAAGUCGGACCACCCCCACUCCUGGGACCCCUGUGUGAACUACUGUCACCCUCCAAACUCCACCCUCUGCAACACAAGCUCCACCCUCAACAAGUCGUGGACGGCCUCAAAUAAUAACACCAUCAACAGCCUUGACUACUGCAAGUCUCUGGUAUCUGCUAGUUUCUCUCCCGGCUCUACGACUACAUCAGGCCCCAGUAGCCAGAGCUCCAGCACCCUGCCCAGGCCUACAGUUCCCAUGAGUCCACGUAAUUCGCUGCUGAAACGACGGCAGAGGAAGAAAGAGCACAAAAGCUCCUUGUCUCUGGCGUCCAGUUCGGUGGGUCCAGGUGGUCAGGUAGUUCAUGUAGAGACCAGUGAGAUCGUCCUAACAGGCGAUCCACUCAACGGCUUCGGUGUCCAGCUACAGGGAGGAAUAUUUGCCACCGAAACACUGUCUGCACCCCCACUUAUCCGAUUCAUAGAGCCCGACAGCUCUGCUGAGAGGUGUGGCCUGCUGCAGGUUGGAGAUCGCCUCUUGUCAAUCAAUGGAAUCCCCACGGAAGAUGGAACACUAGAGGAGGCCAAUCAGCUGCUCCGAGAUGCGGCGCUGACCAAUAAGGUCACAUUGGAGAUCGAAUUCGAUGUAGCAGAGUCUGUGGUGCCUAGUAGUGGCACUUUCCACGUCAAACUGCCGAAGAAAAGAGGAGUGGAGUUGGGGCUCACCAUCAGUGCCAGUAAGAAGCCAGGAGAGCCACUCAUCAUUUCUGACAUCAAGAAGGGCAGCAUGGCCCACAGAACAGGAACAUUGGAGCCUGGUGAUAAGCUCUUGGCCAUCGACAACAUCAGACUGGAGAACUGUUCCAGAGACGAUGCAGAGCAGAUCCUCCAGCAGUGUGAGGAACUGGUCAAACUAAAGAUACGCAAAGACGAAGACAACUCAGAUGAGCAGGAGACGUCUGGCAGCAUCAUCUACACAGUGGAGCUGAAGCGGUACGGAGGCCCUCUGGGUAUCACCAUCUCAGGCACUGAGGAGCCUUUUGACCCCAUCACUAUAUCCGGCCUAACCAAGAGAGGCCUGGCCGAGAGGACAGGGGCUAUUCACGUAGGUGAUCGGAUCCUGGCUAUCAACAGCGUCAGUUUAAAAGGCAAGCCCCUAAGUGAAGCCAUCCACCUGCUUCAGAUGGCUGGAGAGACGGUCACCCUCAAGAUAAAAAAACAGCUUGACACUUUUUCUCUCCAAGAUUUAGAGGAGAGGAAGGCAGCAGAGGUAGAGGACACAACAGAGAAUGAGCUCAGUGACCCUGAGGAGGAUGAUUUGACAGACAGCCAACAAACAAAUAAGCUGUCAGAGCUUUACUCCACAACAAUACCCAGUGUCGACUCUGCCAUGGAGUCAUGGGACGGCUCAGGGAUGGACGCCGGCUACGGCAGCCAGGGUACGUACAGCCACCAGGCUGCUGGUAUUGCCCUCCAUCCCCAUGAAUGGCGUAGUGCAAAGCAGCAGCGCAGCACCACACCUCCCCCUGGACGCCGGAAGAACUACCCUUUCAGCGACGGAGGUUUCAGUGAGGAUGACUGGGACAAACCACCAGGAUUUAUUGGCCAACAACCAGACGGUAUUUUAUUGGAUCCAGAUGACAGUUUCUGGUGUCAGGCACUUGAGGAUCUGGAGACCUGCGGCCAAUCAGAACUACUCAGAGAGAUAGAGGCAUCCAUCAUGACAGGAACAGCCAUCAGUCUGGGUGUAGAUGGUGUCAACAAGCCUCAAGCUGAGGCCAUACUGAGCCACAGCAGGAUGAGCCCAAUGCGGAGAAAUUCUCUCCUGCACCAGGCUACACACCUCCACCAGGGUGCCCAUUUGCACGAGGAGGCACACCUGCAUGAGGAGGCCCAACUGCACCAAGAUGCCCACCUGCAUCAAGAGGCCCAUUUCAACCAUGAGGCCCACCUGCACCAUGAGGCCCACCUGCACCAAGGGGCCCACUUUCACCAAGAUAACCAAUCCCCUCUCCUGCAACACGAACCCAAGCCCAAGGCGUCAUUGAGAGUGUCAGAGAGGACGUGGGAGUCUCGUCGGAUCAAAGAGGAGAUGCAGGGGAUUCUGUCCCCGACACCUCUGGAGCUGCACAAAGUAACAGUGAUAAAGGACCCAGAGAUUGACGACUUUGGCUUCAGCGUGUCAGAUGGCUUCUUGGAAAAGGGAGUUUACGUCAACAUGAUCAGACCUGACGGGCCAGCUGACAGAGCCGGGCUCAAACCCUAUGACAGGAUCCUGCAGGUGAACCACGUGAGGACCAGGGACUUUGACUGCUGCCUGGCGGUGCCUCUGAUUACAGAGGCUGGAGACAGACUGGAGUUGGUCAUCAGCCGCAACCCACUGGGCAACGAUGACACAGAGGACAAUAACAACAGUUUGGACCACCCACUAGACCUGUAACACACAUACAGACACACACACAAAAAGGCAAAGAAUCAUGAAUCUCUUGACAUACACACACACAUGCAUACACUCAGGCAGGAGACAUACUAUAACUGGUGAAGAGCAAAGUUAUAUGUACUGAAACCGGCCCAAGCACACAUACUCCACCGGCCUGCAAUAAUUCUUAAACAGAGACUCCUACACACACAGACACAUACACACACCUGCAUGCUCACACAGUCGUCCCCUCCCACCCACCACACAGGUCUGAACUGCUGUCAUACAGUAUAUUUCUCUAUGGAAGCACCGCCAUAGUGCAGAGAAACCACCAGAGACACUCUCCUGAAGGCUGGCUUGGAGUGCUCAGUGUCGUUCCAACAUAAUAAACCACUUACUUGGCACUUUAACAUGCCAUUUUCAGUGAUUCUGACUCUUUAAAUCUACUUUUUACUCAAAACAAAUGAAUAAAAACCUGCAAUUUGGGUGAGGUAAUUUCAGCUGUUCUCAAUGCCAAGCCACAGGUUUACAGAAAUUUCUAGUGCUGCUGGUACAGAGUGAUCUGCCUUAUUCCACAAUAUUGUGAUUUUAGGAAAUCUCAAAUGAAACGAUAUAGAAAGAGAGAAACUGCCUUACUCAGUUUGCAGAUUUCAUUUGUUUUAAGAAAAGCUAAUAAGAUUCACUAGAAGACUGAACCAACAGAUUAUAAAGGAGUAUAAUCUAAGUAUCUGACUGUGGUCUAUAUAGAUGUAGCCAUUGUAGAAGUCUAUAUUGCUGCUAAGAGUCUGCUAAAAUACUGCGGCCCCAUUGCAAUUCCCAACAGUCAUUUUCUGGAAAGGUUAAAUUCGGCUCUUUUUCCAGUCGUCACAUGCAGGUGGACUUCUAUAUUGGACACCUCUGCGUAUCAUUAGGUAAGCACAGUGAUAUUAUAAAAAAAUCAAAAUUUGUGCCAUCAUUACAAGGUAAAGACAAUGUCAUCACAACUGCCGAGCUGUUUUUUGUUGAGCCAUCAAAAGGAAGAAGGGAAGGAACUGUUUUUACUUUCCUGAUUAAACGUGAGAUCUUAAAUGGAAAUUAUUUAAUAGGGCAACUUUUGCUGCAACACAAUUGGGAAGCUGUGCUCAUGGCCCGGAAAAAACUGUGUUACCAACAGAAGAACAUUUUCCUUCAAGAUUUUGAGAGAUUUUGACCCUUUUCUGUGUAUUUUUUUUUUUUUUUUUGUAGUCGCCAAUGACUAGGCGAGUUGCCCAUUGACAAUGCCGAAUCUAUCACUGCAGUUGCCUGAGAGCGCAAAGUUCAUCUCACCUCUGGCUUACAAAGUCAAAGAGCAGUAGCUACCACAUAUGUAUUUUAAAUGAUCAUGAUUAUGGUUGAGGAUGAGCAUAAUCAGAAAUAACACCUACUUAUGACAUUAAAGGUGCUGUGUGUAGCACUUCUAAGAAAUUCAUUACCACUUUAAUUUUGAGACAAUAGUAUAAUUGCCAUAAACAAAUGAGCUUGUCAGUUCUUCGCGGCAUCAAAACUGUAUUUUACACUGUGAGCCUCUGAGGCUGGUUUGAGGGAUAAUCACUUUAUGAGCCAAAACAGGAAUAAAGCAAUUUCCUUCAUACAACAAACGGCUAAAGCUUGAGAGUUGUUGGUGAAAACAGAUGAUAGAAGGGAUAAAAGGCGGAUGGAAACUUAUUUAUCCAACAUGGUUUGUCUUUACAGUAAACAGACAAACAUGUUAUAUGUAUAGUCGAUUUGUAAUUUCCAGUGGCAUACAUCAAAGUGUCAAUACUUACAAGUUACAGCAACAAUAGUUUCUUCUUCUUCUUCUCGUUCAUAUGAUACGAUAUUAUUGCUCAGAUUUACAUUGUUAAAAAAUUUACAAGAAUAACUACUGUAAGCAUGUUUAGCAUCAUUGGUACUGGGAGUACAUCAUCAUUUUAAUAGAUAGUCCACCUACUCCCAUCAACAUUUAGCACAUUAUUGUGAACAACAAGCCAAGUCAAAAACAAAAAUACUUGCUCUUUGCUCUAGGAAGCAAACAGGUUUAUAGGCAAUACAGUCUCCAAGCAUUAAUAACACCACUGUUUUAGAAUAGAUGCUACAAAUCAUCACUGCCACAUUUACGAUAACAAGCUACAACAGCUAUUUUGAUAACUGAUGUUUUAAAUGCUCCACGUACUAUCUUCAGAUGAUGUCUGCAGUAUUAGAUCAACCAUGAACACUACAAUGUUACUGCUCUUUGGCUUUGUUCCCUACUGUCCCCUUUGUGGCACGAAGAUCAUGAACGAAGUUAAAGGCAUCAUCUGCAAAUAUACAGAGUGUGUUGUCGGGAUGCUGAAGAUAAGCCCCAAGUUGUUCAGACUAGGAACAAGUCUCACACGCACACACACACACACUUACUUACAGAACAGGGCCAACAUGCACAGAUAACAUAUGGACAUGGAAUGAUGCAGUUUGUGCGUGUGUCAUUGUGUGUUUGUUCACAUGUUUCUUUGUGUUCGGCUGUGUUGUAUUUGUGCAUCUCUGUUGAUGAUCUACAUGAAUGUGCCAGUACAUUUCUAUCUUUGUGGGUGUGUCUGAAAGGGUGCAUAUACACGCUGUAGCCCACUCGAUUUCGCCAACUGAAAAGCCUUUUGUCCUUCGGUUUGGCUUGGUGGAUGGAUCUUAAUACUUCAGUACCCAUGAGGCUUGGCUGCAAUCACUUUGGAGACGAAGCCAGUCAGAGGUGCUAAUUAGAGCAUUUGAGAAUGAAAAUAUGCCGUCAAAGUUGUUGAAUUCAUCCAGAAUUGACAGAUAAUUCAAACCAGCCGUUAGAAUUGCAAGUACCAGAAUUUUAAUCUGGUCUGAUUAGGUGUUUCAUACUGAAUGCAUCAAUGCGACUCAAAGAACCAGAUGCUUUUUAAGGCAUCUGAUAAUCUUUUGCACUGAUGCCCAUCCGAGCUGUAGAAAUGCUCCAACUGUCAGUGCGCCCAAAAGAGCUCCACCCACUCUGCAACUCUGGUAUGUGGGUAUUGUAAUAAAAACUUGAAGAAAUCUGAACCUAUCAUUUAAUGACUUUUAUUAAACCUCCCACCUCUCCUCACCUCCUAUUUUUGGUCUGUUGGGUAACAGCAGAGAUUCCUUCCACUUCCUUCAACUCCUGUUUUCAUGAUUUUCUCUGUUUCCUGCCAAAACCUUCUUUGCCCCAAUUAUCAGUGGAUUAACAGAAAUGAGACUGGCUGUCGCUCCCCUCCUACUACUCAAGUGUGUGCGAGUACGUCUGUGUGUGUGUGUGUGUGUGUAUGACAGAGAGAAGGAGUGUAUAUGGAUCGGUGUAUAGAUGUAUGUAAGCACAAUAGAGAGAAUUAUUAAUAUGGUGUGAGUGUACAACAUUGUGUGAGAGACAGACAGUACAUAAAACACAGGAAUAAUGCAUUUAUGUGCAAAAGAGUGGACAGAAAAUAGCCUUUGUCCUCUGAAGGAUUGAAAACAUUUGACAGGAACAAUCACAACCUCUGUUCUCUCUCUCUCUCUCUCUCUGUCUUUCGCUGUUUCUAAGUCUCUCACUCUUUCCUCAUGUUGUUACAUAAUACAGUUAGAAUCCAGCUGCACCCAUAUGUGUGUUGUCUGUGUGAGUGUGUGAAUGAGGGAGCUUGUAUGUGUAUGUGGUAUGUGUUUACUAUAAACGUGUGUUUACAUGUAUGUAGCUAUUGAUGUCAGUUUUUUCCUUUUAGGUGUGUGUGUGUGUGUGUGUUACAGAAAGAAUGCUAGGUGGUGUACAUUUCAUUGUACAGUGGUGAUAUUUUUCAGGGCUGUGGGUUCACUCUCCCUUAUGAAACCCUGAUGAGACAUGAGACUGAAAACAGUAUAAACUCCGUUUUUGUGAGCGAGCCGAAGGAACUUUUUCAUAACUAAAAAAGAAAAAAAAGGACAUUUACUUCUCUCCAAACACUUACUACAAAAAAAAUAAGCACACUGUUUAAUACCAUGCACUGUAAGUAUUUUCAUGUUCAACGGAACAAAACUUGUCGGAGUGUUUUUUACGCAAUGUCAAGUGGCCAAAAAAAAGUUUUGUAAAGCAACAAAAAAAAAAGACAAAAUGCUGAGAAAAGCCUUCCAAAUUGUUCUGUUGGUUUUUAUGUAUGUGUGUAUGUACGUAUGUGUGGUCAUCCAUACUCCCUAUGCAUUUCUGGGUCAAAGGUCAGUUUAAAGUCCAAUCCGGAACCGUAAAAAAGUCGGAUGAGUGAAAUGUGUGAGAAAAUAUAAAAGAUUCCUCCCAGUUGUAUAAUGUAAUAAAUGUAACAAAUUACAAAAUAUUAAAUUACUGUGAAAAUGUAGGACUGAUAUUACAAUAUUGUAAAUUAGUGCCAUUACCAAUUAUUAAGUUACUAAUGAAUGUCUGAAGAUUUUAUGACAGUAUAUUGUAUUUUAUUAAACUGGCCGGUUGUCAAUACCGCUGAGCCUGUUAAAGGAUGUCGUUACAUUUGGCAAAUUAUGAUAUAAUAUAACAUUUAUUACAUAAUCAACUGCAAGGCACCGGUCUGACUCACGCUUAAAAUGUAGAGUGUGUUUCAAUGGUUUAUCUUAACCUAACACUUAAAAAGAGGCCAUUUUCUGCCUAAGAAGAGGCUAGCUCGCUUAACCAGUAGGUCCAGGGAUUGAUUAAUGACAGCUUUAGCAGCAUGCCAUUACUGUAGUUUCUAUAACACAUACCUGUGUAUGCAGCAUGUGUUGUUGGCGUUUCUACCGCAUGAGUUUGUGCAAUUCAUCCGGUCAUUCAUUUAUUGCUUUUAUUUGGAAACAUGGAAUAAAAAGAGAUCACUUAUUGUUUCUGUCAAAUCACACCUUUCUGUUAGUACCUUUGUUUUUUUUUUACCCUACAGUGGCCAUAUUGGAGGUUAUCAGCUGGUGGCUAACGGUUGGAAAAGCUGAUUGUGUAACAUUGUGGUCCACAAUUACAGCAGAAUUCAGACAAGGCUCAUAUUUUGCAUGUUUUCUAGAGUAUCAAAGUAGCUUCUCAACUGUUAGCCUACUGCCCAGAAAACUGUAGGUAACAAGUGAUAAUGGUUGGCUAAAUAUAAUCCAAUUGCCUAGAUACAGGUUGACUAGCUAACUGUAGUGUCUUGUCAGCUAACAAUAGUUUAGUUAGUUAGCUAACUAGCAAACUACCGCGCCUAGUCAGCUAACCAAGAGAGUUCUGCCCGGAAAACUAGCAGUUAAGUUAGUAUAUAUCUGGUUCGCUAUUAGCAUAUUUCCUACAUACAUUCAGCUUGUGAUAAGCUAAUGGUUUGCUUACUCUCCAGAUAACAACAGUUAACUAGCUAACCAUAAUGACCUUUCCAGUCUGUUGCUAUUAUUGUAAACACGAGUACAAGAUUCUUCACUGGACCUGCAGAGUUUGUAGAGUCACAGCCAACUGUGGUUGUGACUCUGAAGGGGAAAUCAAGUUUUGUCACAUAAUUUCCAAACUAGAACAUUUCGAUGUCUCAUAUGAUCUGUUGGUCAUGAGAGAAUCUUCAAUCUUUGCUUCACAUUUCUUACAAAUCACACAAGAACUUUUUACAAUAAAAGUUAUUCAUGUCUUUAACAUUUGCAUUUAUUCUUCAGAUUUUUUUUAACAUUAACAGUUUUAAAAAGAUGUGUUGACAAGUGUGAUGAAAGCUUAUUGCGAUUCCGGAUUGGGCCAUUAAUAAUGUAUGGGUUGAUAUUGUGUUUUUUUUGUUUAGUUUCUUUUUCUCAAAUUGUGUAAAGUUCUAUUCUAUGUAAAAUAGUAUUUUUAUAUGACAAUAUUAAUCUUCCGAGACAUGGGAGAAAAUACAAAACAAAACUUAUGAAAGGGAAAAUAAAAUGUAUAACUUUGUUGUUGUUGUUGUUUUGUUUG